AUGGAUAAGAGCUCUACGAAGAGCACUACGUCUUCCAAUAGUUCCCGUGUGAAUGUAGGACCACCUUCAACGAGUUUGCCACAACCAACACCAGCGAAACAUCCACAGUUGGCAAAGAACGUAAUGUGUGAGUUCUGGAGACGCGGAGAGGUUUGCCGUUUUGGACCAAACUGUUGGUACGCUCAUGGACCUAUGCAGCUUCAAGCAGUAGAAGAAGGUCGAAUGUUUAAUGGUGAUGUUUUGCGAAGCUCUGAAUCUGCUGAGCAGAUACAAAUGCAGGACUCGUCCAUGAACCAAUUUACUCCCGAACAACAGCAAUGGAUGUAUCUUUCGCAACAGGCGCAGGCAAUCAUACCUUUGGCGCAAAAUAUACUUGCUGCUCGACUGAGAGAAGUAUAUCAGAAAGUAAGGGCAUCAGCGGGAAUGCCAAUGCCAGGAAGAACUUGCGAAGAGAUUGAAAGGGAGCAAAAGUUUUACGCUGCAGCUGCACAACGUACGGAUUCUCUAACAUCUUCAACGGCUUCUGGAUCGUAUAUGUCGGGACCAACAACCCCUACAUUGAGCGCUAACUGGUCGCCAAUUGUUCUAGACGAUGCACUUAGAGAGCAGGCUUCUAUGGAUCUGCGCAGGAUCGUUGAGGUCAUAAUAAAUGACAAAGCAGAACUAUACCUAAUACCAUUUAAGGAAGAAGAGUGCCCAUUAUACAAAGCCGGUCAGUGCUCGCUUGAUUCUGCCUGUUUCUUUAAGCAUUCGGGAGAGAAGUACGAAAAGGGCAAAAGUGACAUGAAGCUUGCUAGUGAGCUUCCGAAUGGCUUGUAA